AUGUCAGUCGGAAAUAGUUUAAUAUUGACAAAAUCGAAUAAAAAACAAGUUCUACAGCAAUCCAAUUCAAAUUUCGAUAUUGUUUCCAACAACAACAACGACGACGACCGAAUUGACAAUUUCAAAGUCGUUACGAAAACAAAAGAAGAUGGCGGAUAUGAAGAAACGGAAAAUCAAUUAUUUGGUCCCGUAUUGAAAAUUUUAGAUAAAAAUCACGGGGAUGUGAAAAAAUUAAAAAACAUUCGAAUCGAUCUUUCUAGUCCAAAACGACGUUGCGGUAAAACUAUUGUAAAACCUUCCCAUCGUUCGGAUGGAAAAUCACAAAAGGAUUCGUUCGUGAGUUCGGAUGAAUCGAGCGGCGGCGGCGGCGAAGAAGAAGAAUAUAAUAAUAAGAAGAGGAAAAAAAUUCGACCCGUGGUUCCCAAUUACGUGACGAAUAGCGAUGAGGGUCCGUGUAGGAAACCGAGACAGUGUCGACAAGAUCCAGCCAUGAUAUCUAGUCAUCAAAACUCAUCGUCCAAAUUGGGUAAAACACAACCGUUGAGCAUAGCUCGAAGAAAUGCGAGAGAACGUAACAGGGUGAAACAAGUCAACGAGGGUUUUGCCACUCUCAGGAAUCGUAUACCCGAGUACAUAUCCGAAGCGUACAACGAAGAAAAGGGACGGAAAAGUGCUAAGAAAUUAAGCAAAGUCGAAACGUUGAGAAUGGCCGUGGAUUACAUACGUCAUUUGGAAACUUUGCUCGACAUAAGGUCGUCGUCGACGACGACGGAAACGGAAAAUUAUUGGAUGAUGAAAGAUUCGGAAGGGAGUAGUAGUCAACCUUGGGAGGGUUCAAAUUCUCCGAUUGAUGAAUAUCCGGAAUCUUUAAAUCAAUCUAAAUAUCAACCCCCAUUACCACCUUCGUCACCGUCGCACAUAUACGAUCAAAACGGAUUCGAGUAUCAAGAUCGUGUUUUCUACGAUUACGAUUUGGAUUUUUUAAACAAAAAAGAAAAUGCGAUCGUGGGAAAAAGAUCCCCGUUGUUUAACGUGUUAACCACCCUUAACGAUACCGAAAAUCAAUCAUGCGGUGUAACGGCCGUUUUUUUUUGA